CAUUUCCUGGAGGAGCGGUUUUUAAGUAAUCAAUAAACAAACUUCACGUGCAUUUUUUUAUCAUCUUUAUCUUGGAUGUCACCUCCAUAAAUAUAAACAAAAGUGUAUAAAAAUGCACGACUUGUGUGGAUUUUUCAUUCCACUUACCACCAGCCACCAGCACAGUGCAAGUAGUUUUUUAGGUUAGUUCAACCCAAGUGACUUCUCCCAAAGUUUUAUUUUUAACUCGAUAUGAAUCCGGAAUAAACCCAAAACGACCCACUCGAGUUAUCUUAUGGAAUAGUUAAAAUGGAAGAACCCUCCGAAAUAGAACACUGGAAACGCAUCUCGGUUCUGGGAUCCGGCGCGUUCGGGGUCGUUUCCUUAUGGCAACACACAAUUUCAGACGAAUACCUUGCUGUGAAGAAGUGCAAGUUCAAAACCAGCAACCACAUCAGCGACCGCCAGAGAAGACGAUGGGAGAACGAAGUACAAAUCAUGCAAACCCUCAACUGCGAAAACAUUGUCUCAUUCAAGCCACUACCGAAACACUUGGAAGCAGUCCUUCUCAAAUAUAACCCAACGAAACUACCUUUGCUUUCAAUGGAGUACUGCGUGAAAGGCAACCUGAGACGCGUCCUCACCCAAGUGAAGAACUUAUCGGGGGUGCCAGAGCAAGACGUGAGAAUUAUUUUGUCCGAUAUAGCCAGUGCAGUCGCAUAUUUACACAAAUUUAACAUAACACACAGAGAUAUAAAGCCGGAGAAUAUCGUUUUGCAGAAUAGUAGUGGCAGGCCUGGGGAUAUUAUCUACAAGUUGAUUGAUCUGGGAUAUGCUAAAGAACUGAAUGACUCUGUUGUUAGUUUUGUGGGGACCUUGCACUAUCUCGCUCCUGAAAUUAUGCGGACUGAGAAGUACGACUACAGCGUGGAUUAUUGGUCUUUGGGGGUUGUCGCUUUUGAGGUGAUUUGUGGCGUUCUGCCGUUCCUACCACAUUAUACGCCAAUGCAGAGGUUUCCAUACAUAGAGAAAAAAAAGCCUGAGCAUAUCUGUAUCUAUCAGCUGCAUACUGGGAGUGUGGCGUACUCAGCAGAAUUACUAAAAGAAAAUCACAUUUCCACAUGUCUUAAACAAAAUAUAGAAGUUUGGUUACGUCACGUACUCCAGUUUGACCCAUCUCUAAGAGGGACGAAUUUUUCGCCAAAUAUCAACGUUUUCGACUAUUUGCUCAACCUCCUGAACAAGAAAAUCGUCACUGUAUUUUCAGUUCAUACUCUAGAGUUUUAUUCAUACGAAAUUAAUGAGGGUAUUCUUAUAAGUACUUUGAAAGACUGGAUAGCGCGUGAUACUAAAGUGCAAAAAAGUGAUCAAGUUUUACUAAGUAGUUUAGAAAUGUUUGAUAUUACAGACGAUAAAUACGUAGUUGAUAUUCUUUCAAUGCACGACUUAAAUCUCUACGUCUUCAAAAAAGGUGCUUUUAUAAAUAAGGAGAUGUUCAAGUUACCCAAAUACGUUUCAAUUUUGUUCGAAACUUGUACAACGAAGUACAAAUGGCGCGACCUGCGACUGAUCUACACAAAAUCGUUGUUCUUCCUCUCCCAGGAAGAAAAAAUAAUUAAGUCUUUGAAAACCGCGUUCAAUCUUUGCAUUCUUUACAUCCACCACUUGAACACGAAACUGAAAGACAGCAUGCACCAAAUCCACAAAACUUUGAACAGCGUACUGACCAGGAUCGACUGCUACUACAAUCUUCACAAUAACAGCAAAACUAAUUUUCAAAGCGGCGAUUUCGAUAUUUACAAAGGAUAUUUGCUGCAGUUUCAACAGUUAGUGGGAGAUCUCGAGAAGUGUGUUCAUAGCGCGAACGAAUUAAUGAAGAAGGUCGAUGUUUUGUACAAACGACAAGUUAUUUUGGAUAAAGUUUUACCAAACGUAACACCAAUCAUCCAGAACUGUGAUAUUACGAACGAAUUUGCCAAAGCUUCUGACUUGAUUUUAAAAGGAGGAGGCGACGAAGACGCGACUCCACGGGAAAUGGUGAAAACUGUCUCCAGCGCACUCAAGGAGAAGGAUAAAUUGUUGAAUAAUAAAAAUUUUCAGAGUUAUUCCAAAGCGAUGUUAGUGGCCAUAAAGGAGGUGGAAAUUUUACAAGCUUGGAUGCACCAGUUUCACAACCACGUCAAAGAUUUAUCAAAAGCAAUUGAUAAUAAUCAACGCGAGCAAUAUCAAAGUCUGUUAAACUCAAUUCAACCAAAAAAGAAAGGCAAGCCACUGAAUCAUUUUGUUCACUGGGACACAGAUACCGUAAUAACCGAAAAUCUGGAGCUGAGAUGCCAACUGGAAGAUGUCCUCGGAGAGAUGUUCGCCGCUCAUAAGUCAUUUUGUGAUGAACUUCAGUCAUUUUCAGUGCGACGAUUUUAGUAGCGCUUUUUGUGCGCUAGUUCGUACUGAAAACUCCCGUGUGCUCUGGAUAAAUACAAUUUUAUUUUUCAGAACUAUUGUAAGUUCUUUAUGAUGUAGAACAGUUUCAUUUUACUUUAUUCUGUAUUAUGCCAUCAAUUAUUUUAUCUUUAUACAGUGUCAUAGGGGCAUACCUGUUUUGAAACGUUUUAUAUGCCGUUGUUUCGAUAAUAAAAUUUUAUGAAGUUUAAA